UGGAGGCCCGUAUAAAUAGUGACUGCGGUCAACAUGGAGUGUCCAUUUUUGGUGGCGACAACUUGUGCGGCCAGGGACCGCGGUCCCCAGGUGAACAAUCAGCCAUUGUGGGGGCAGCAUUAGGGCGCCAGGCCUAGAACGGAUCACAAACGGACCAUCUCUUGGAUACUCGGGAUCAAUAUCACUCGCUUCACCAGCACUGCCAGUCUAUUUAGUGCUGGAGAGCUGUGCAGCAAGACAGACUUGUCAAACCUUAUGUAGCAGGCAUCCAUAUUUGGGCAUUCGGUUCGUUUCGUUUGGCAGGAUGUUCCGCAUCGUCGCGUCCGCUCCCACCCCAUCCUAGAAGACUCGGCAUUCCCAUCAUGCUCGCCUCAUUUAGAACACUUGCUGCUCGCAGCGCACUCAACAGAACCCUGGGCGCGACACAGCCUGCCCAAGCUAUUUUGCGGAAAAGAUACUUGAGCUCCUCGACAACCCUGCUCGCCGGCGACACCACUACCCUAUCUCCAGCUGCAUCCUCAUCAACCGUUGCAACGGCGGGAUCAUCUUCAGUAGCUGCCGGAUCCGGUGUCAAUCAAGGUUCUGGGGUUCAGGGAUUAGAGCCAGAGAAGCGUAUUCGACGGUCUAUUUUCUAUGUUCCCGGAAGUGAUGAACGCAAGCUGAAGUCAUCGCUUUCCCUUGGUGCUGACUGUCUCGUUUAUGACCUCGAAGAUGGCGUGGCUCACAACCGCAAAAACAUUGCGCGCGAGAUGGUUUUUGACGCGCUCGAGGCAUCGGAACAUCGCAAGGCCGAGAAGGCUGUUCGCAUCAACGCUGUUGGGUCUGGCUUGGAAUUCGAUGACUUGAACGUCGUGCUUCGAUCCAGCAGACUGCAGGCGAUUGUUAUUCCCAAAGUCCAGUCCGCAAAGGAUGUGCAGUUUGUCAGCCAGAUGGUUGACAGUGUCGCCCCAUUCAUCACGCGCAAGAAUGUCAGGAUUAUCGCUUCAAUCGAGAGUGCUCUUGGAAUCAUGAACCUGAAGGAGAUUGCAACUUCCGACCCUCGCGUGGACGCAUUGGUGUUCGCAGCGGAGGAUUAUUGUGCGGAUUUGGGCUUGACCAGGACCCGUGAAGGGAUCGAGAUGCUCUAUGGUCGAUCAGCAAUUGUCACUGCCGCGCACGCCUAUGGUCUUCAGGCCAUUGAUCUGGUCUGCAUGGAUUACAAGAACGACGAGAUUUUGAAGGAAGAAUGUGAAUUUGGACGCAGAAUGGGCUUCUUGGGCAAGCAGGCAGUUCAUCCUCGUCAACUUGAAAUCAUCCAGCGCUGCUUCUUGCCCACUGACCAUGAGAUCGCAAGGGCCGCCGACAUCAGCGAGGGCUACCAAGAACACUCUAAGCGUGGGGUUGGAGCGUUCAACUACAACGGCAAGGUCAUCGAUUUGCCUGUCGUAAAGUGGGCAGAAAAGAUUUUGAGCCGCGCUCGCCAGGGCGGUGUGGUUAUUCCCAAACCCGAGGAGCGCCAAAAGAUCUUGCAAGCUGGACCUGCAGGAGGUAUGAGCUCGACAGCCGUUGCUGUGAACAGUUCAAAGACCGACAGCACAGCACCUGAAGCUUAAAAGAAAUCGACCAUUCCUUCGGCCUCCUCACUGCAGAAUAUUCCAAUUGCGAAAUAAACAGCACAAGUUUUAAAAGCGGGC